AAACCAGACAACACAAACACUCCUGGCCUAUAUAUAUAAAUGCCCACGGCAACCCAAUUCUAGUUUAAUAUAUACAGAGGCUUCUUCAUUAUUGCAGAGAGACACAGAGAGAUGGGGAAGGCGCGUGCGAUUGGUGUAGGCAUGGACUACUCUCCAACAAGCAAAGCAGCGCUUCGAUGGGCCGCCGAUAAUAUAAUCGAGGAAGGAGAUCGAAUCAUCCUAAUCCACGUUCAGCCGCCCAAAUCAGAUCAUACCAGGAAGAAGCUUUUCGAGGACACUGGAUCACCUUUAGUUCCUCUUGAGGAAUUCAGGGAGAUUAACUUUUCGAAGCAAUAUGGGAUUACCAAUGAUCCGGAGGUUCUUGAUAUUCUUGAUACAGUGUCAAAGACCAAAGGGGCUAAGGUGGUGGCGAAGGUGUACUGGGGGGAUCCAAGGGAGAAGUUGUGCGAUGCUGUGGAAGAUCUGAAGCUCGACUCGCUUGUUGUUGGGAGCAGGGGUCUUGGCGUUAUCAAAAGGCUCUUGCUUGGCAGCGUUAGCAAGUACGUUGUAACAAAUGCUUCAUGUCCUGUCACCGUGGUUAAACUUAAGGGAGCCCAAUCUUCUAAUAAGCCUUAAUUGUUAAGGUUCACGUCCCUUAUGUGCUCAUUCUCUGGAUGUUUCUUUUUCUUUUAUAUAUAUGAUUGGAGUGCGAUUGUUGCCUUGAUGAGAGAGAAAUUUGUAUUAUAAUAUAUAUGUUAGAUUGUAUGUAGGGAUGUUUGUCCCACAUGGAUUAUGUAUGUAUUUAUAUGCAUUAUUGGCCUGUAUAUAUUGG